AUGGCGUCAGAUGAUGGUGCCAAAGCAGAGCGCGAAGAGCGACUCAAGUCAGCCCUGUGGUACUCCAUCGGCCAGUUUGUUGACGAGAAGUCGUUGGAGAACGAUCUCAAUGCAACGCCACAGUUUAUCGGUGCCCUAACUGAGCUUGUAUACACUCAAAUCGCAAACACAGCCCGCGAUCUCGAGGUCUUCUCCAAGCACGCCGGUCGCAACACAAUUAACCCUGACGACGUGUUGCUCCUCGGAAGACGUAAUGAGCAAUUACAAGGCCUGCUAGAGAGGGAGCUCGAGGACAUCAGAGCAGCUGAGGGCAGGCGGGCUGACGGUCAGCCAGCAGCUCGCGCACAGCCAGCAGCACCCACAGCAGGGAAGAAGCGAGGAAGACCUGCGGGAACUGGAAAAGGCAAGGCGAAAGCUUGA